CCAAUCACUAACGACGAUCUUCUCGCCCAUGAGACAAGCAUGCUUCACAUAAUGUCCAGGCCGCUUCAGCCUCCUCCCUCUCAUAUCGAUCGCACACGUAAGGGCCUGUCAUACCUCGAAGCCUAUAGCUAUAACCCGGAUAGUCAGACAAGAUUGGGGGGGAAGGGUGAGGGCAUUCUACAUCCGAUUAAAGCCAAGGAGAAGAGAGACACUGUUGGCUUGGGAAUGAAACUCAAGUCUUCCAAGAAUGGCAAAGCUCAUGUGCCAAAGAGACCGAUCAACUUAGAUGCUAACAAAAUCCGGAAAAUGCAUAAUGAGGACACGAAGAAGCAGAAGAAGUUGUGA